AUGGGCAACAGACGACGAUUUCACCAACCGAUACGGCUUCUCCGCUACGGAAAAAUGUACAAGACCCGCUUCCGCCGCUGGGACCUCUGGAAGCACUCGUCCCAAUCCAACCCCGCCCACCAAACCCACGCCCCGGACGACCUGCGCCACGAGGAGAUGGUAUACCGAGCUCUACGGGACUACUACGACGGCGCAUUUGCCGCGCGUCGGUGGGCCUUUGAAGGGGAUCAUGAUCGACAGGCCAUUGCGCGCACGCAGAAAGCCAUGCGCGCCGGCGAGGAAACGUACAGCCGGUUCCGCGCCGCCGUGCUGAUGCUCGAACGGCCGUCGUGCGGCAACAACCGCGGCAAGACGGGCGACUUUGCCCAGGGUGUGCGUCUGAUGCGCAUUUCGUUCGCCGAGCUGCCGCGCUUCGUGUGUCCCAGUUCAAGUUGCGAGCCACCCUUGCUGCCGCUCUGGAUGAUGUACGUCACGGCGCUUUUUCGCGAGUCGUCCGCGCGAGAUUUUAGACCCGUUGAGAGGCAGCUGCUUCGGCAUUUGCACGAACUUACCGUGUCGCCUCCUGGUGUCGGGGGACCUGUGCACCCCACAGCAGUGCUCUGGCGCACGCUUUGGUUAGGAAUACAGAAUGGGCCUUCUAACUACGCCAGCUCGGGGAGGCGACACCACUUGGCUAUGUGCGCUAACAUUGCCGUCGAGCGCUUCUCGCGCCAAAUCGGACCAUUGCAUCCGUGGACGGUAGAGCUCCGGGGCUUGGCUAUUGGAUUAAUCCAUCCCAAUGGAGAGGGAAACCCAGACGACAAGACGAGGCAAUUUCGAUCCUUACUACAGGACCUCGAGAACCAACAUCCCACGUAUGAUCCCCGCCACAUCGUGGUCGUGAGUUGCUGGGCAAGCCACUACCGCCACCACGGGGUCAACCAGGCGCUUUCCAUCGACAAGUAUCCCGACGGUGCCUUCAACGUCUAUUCCUUGCUCGCCAAUAUGAGCUAUAGAUUGCAUCGCUGGGAUGUGGCGGAGGAGAGCAUCCGCCAUGCCACCGCGCUGGCCCGGCGCCAUCGAGAAGAAACGGGCGAGGAUGGGGAUCUCUUCGAAGGGCUUAAUGGUCUCGAGGUGAUUUUGCGCGCUCAGGGAAAGGUUGUUGAUGCCGAUACCGUGCAGGAGGAGCGCCAGAGGCUUGUACGCGAUGGGCUGGAGAGGGUGGGGGAGAAGGAGGAGUCGGUAGAGUAA